AUGGCUCCCAUUAGACACUGGGAGAGAUCUACCACUUCUCGAACAGAAAUUUCGGCACACAAUGAACAGGCCUCACUGAAAUAUGUGAUGAACAAAAAGCUUAGUAUUGGAUGUAUUGUAUGGCUGCCAGAACAGGUGGAAGGGAGUGAAAGCGUCAAGUGCAUUCUGCCUGACUGCAACUUCGAAUUGAAUAAAGAGGGUUAUGUGCACUUUUUCGCGAUCUUGGAUAUAUUUCGACUGGAUAAUGGAGACGUCAAAUGCUAUGUGGCUAUGUUAACCUCGAAGAAGGGGAUUGAUAGACAUGCUAGCACUCGUAUCAUAAUCUCACAAGAGCCUUCGGCACUACCACCAGACAAGCACAACGGAUUACAUUUCGAAAAUGGAAAAAUGUUUAGGCAAUCUUAUAUCGAUAUAGAGCAUGUUUUCCUAAUCUCCCCAUUACUCUUGAGACCUAUCAAAAGAGACAUACGCGCAUACGAACGGAGGCUUUCGAAACCGAGCUAUAUAUAUUUGAUGAGUAUCUUGGGUUUAAAGGCAGCUACAUACGAGAAAACGAGUGUUGUGAAGCAAUUUGGACCAACUAUUUGCACCAGACUGGCAAUCGAUGAAAUUUCCACCAACGCCAUUCGUCCAGAAACACUGGGACAUUCUCCCGAAAGUGAGAGUGAGAGUGAGAUUCCGGAAACACGACUUAUACAUCAUGAUCUACAAAAUACUUAUAUAAUUCCUCAAGCUUCAUUAUUCCAAUCUUCAAUAUCACAGCAGUACGAUCCAGACCACGAAGCAUUACGCAGAGCAUUUACCCUACCACCCCCCCAAACCCACGCCCACGCCCACAUCUCUCAGCUCUACCCCGAAGAUCCGAUCCAAAGAGCCACGCUAGAAAGACUAGAAACAGCCAAUCGGAUUCAAAGAGACGCUGCUCUACGCCGCAGAGAGCACGAGUAUUCGUAUUCGCGAACACGAGCACGAGAUCUCGAAAACGGGCUUUGGAGAAACAGCGCAAGAAAUGGUCUUGGUCCUGGUUCUGGUCAUGGUCCUGGUUCUGGUCAUGGUCCUGGUCCUUGGUCGCGAGGUGCUCGAAAGUUUCUCGAGGGAAUGGUAUGUAUGGGGGAGAACACUCCUUGGAAAAAGUUGUGCUUGUGUGCGGUUGUUGUGUGUGCUCUGUAUAAUUAUGCGGGGAUACUUAGGGCUGGAUGGGUCACUGUGAAAGUUUUGGGUGGCUGGCUGGAAAGUCUAGUUGGAUGGGGUGCUCGUGGAUUUCUGAAGCUGGUGAUGGUUUUGGGUGGGUGGCUGAAAAGUCUAGUUGGAUGGGGUGCUCGUGGUCUUCUGAAGCUGGUGAAGGUUUUGGGGGGGUGGUUGAAAAGUUUGGGUUCGUGGGUUGGUGGGGAGAUCUGGAAGCUUUUGAAGAGGGGGGGGGGGAUUAUUUGGGGUCCUGGCUCCAUCCCUGGUAGUGAUAUCACGCCAACGAUAUUUCUCGGGCCAACCAUCGCCAAUCCUCCGUCGUGCCAAACCUGCACUCCUGUAGAAGAUAACAACUCCUGUACAACAACAUCAGGCUACUAUCCUGAUUCGGCCAUGGCUACUGUUCAACCCUGGACUCUCCGUGCACUGGAACAACUAUGUCCUAGCGUCACCCAAACUACAAGUUUUCCGGUUUGUUCUACAAGUUGA